AUGGCCACCGCAGGACUUCUUUGGCUCAGAUGCUCGUCUGUCCUGAGCCUAGUCCUAGUUUUCUGGUUGGCCCACGGGGGCCGUGGACAUCCCGUUAGCGAUGCGAAAGGAGAGCCCGAAACGGAACAUCGGCUCCGCGCCUUCAACCUGACGGGCCUGCGACCCCAGGGGCACCGGACCCCCGCCACACCCGCAGAGGACAUGCUGGAGCUGUACGAGCGCCUCGCCGGCGAGCGCACGGCCGGACCCUCGGCCACAACGGUGCGCAGCUUCCGCAACCAAGACUCAUCCCACUGCAGUGUAAGUGCUGAGGGUAUCAGGAGACAUCCACUACUCUUCAAUGUGUCCAUCCCCGACUAUGAGCAGAUUACUGGUGCUGAACUCCACCUCCACGCCAUGAUGCAAGAAGACCUCCACCUUUAUGCUGGUCAAGGUCGCUGGGUGACCAUCUACGAGAUUCGGGAGAAUGGCAGCAGAAGGAUGAAAGACUGCGGAGGCGGCACAGGGAGAGGGCAGUCGGGAGAGUUGGCGGAGUUGGCAUCACGGCGGGUCGAUACCAAAGACCACGCGUGGAAGACGUUUGACCUGACAGCUGUAGUUCGUCGCUGGUGCAAAUCGAAGCAUGCCCCCCAGAGGCUGGAGGUACACAUUGCAAGCCUCGCAGAGCCCAGUAGUAGAACGACGGCAGAAGAAACAAAAUCAGAUGGGAGCACAGAAGCAAAGCACACAUCUUCACUGGUUGUAUUCUCGAAUGAUCAGAGCAGAAAACACAGCGUGCAAAUGCACGAGCUGAACUUGAUGACUGGCUACAUAAACCAGCAGGGCAACAAGGACCUUCGUCUGCAAAACUUCUGGGGUGAGGAUAAACAGGAAGAGGAUGAAGAGUCCGUCAGCCAAGGGCACGCCAACGUGAUUUACGACACGGCAUCGAGAGUUCGCCGCAACGCCCAGAACAGCCCGUGCAAGAGGGCUCCCAUGUAUGUAGACUUCAAGGACAUUGGCUGGGACAGCUGGAUCUUGGCACCACCCGGCUAUGAGGCCUACAAGUGCAGCGGAAUUUGCUCCUACCCCCUGCUGGAGCACGUUACGCCCACCAAGCAUGCCAUGGUGCAGACGCUGGUGAACCUCAAGAGCCCGGAGCGGGCGUCUCGAGCCUGCUGCGUACCCACCAAGCUGAAGCCCAUCUCCCUCCUCUACCUGGAUGACACGGGUGUGAUGACCUACAAAGCAAAGUAUGAGAGCAUGGUGGUGGCAGAGUGUGGCUGCAGAUAG